GAUUUCCCGGACGGAAGGGCGUCCUCGCUGGAGGCUCAGCGCUUGUGGCUGCAGCUCGCACGUGGAUGCCCCCAGCGUUGCGUCCUCCACGCCCGGAGCGCGGGGCCUCGCGAGCCUUCCAGCCCCCCCAGCUCCGCCCGCCCCGCCCGCGGGGAGCCCCGCCCAGCCCUGGGUCCGCGUCUGCUUCCGAUCUAAAUCAAAGCUCUGUCCUCUCUACUGGGUGACUCAUAGGAAAAUAAAAGGAUACAGUGCCCAGAAUCCAGCUGUCACCUCUCCUGACAUUUAAACAACUCUCCAGUUCCUCAGACCCCUAAACGCCUCCAAGAACGCAAAAGAUUCAAUUUUUUCAUCACAGUACAUGCAUACAGUGGGCAAAAAGCAAAGCUUGGUAAUCACCUUGGCAUUGCCUAGCUCUGUGAUGCUGAAGACAUUCUCAUUUCUAUGCAUUACAGAAGAGAUUCAGACUUCCAGAGUUUGUAAGCUUUGGAAGAUGCUAGUUGAGCAUUCUGCACUAUGGAGACAUGUACCUGACACCUUACAGGUGACAGCUUUGCCUGCUUAGUGCUCGGACUGUUUGUGAGUGAAAAAACAGAGAAAGCCACCUGACAACUGAGUUACUGACAAUGCAGCCAUUGGAAUCAGUGACAUUUGAAGAUGUAGCUAUAGACUUCUCCAAGGAAGAGUGGGCCCUGUUGGACAUGUCCCAGCGAAAGCUGUUCAGAGAUGUAAUGCUGGAAAAUAUACGUCAUCUGGUCUCUCUGGGGUAUCAGCAUUGCAAAUCAGAUGUAGUUUUCCAGUUGGAGCAAGGAGAAGAGCUGUGGAGUGAAGGAACUGGAUUUCUCCAAGGCCAGAGUCCAGGCAGAGAAAGUGCCCUUAAAGAACAAGAAAUGGUAGCCACACAACAUAUCAGCAGAAAGGACACAUCUACAAUCAUACCAGCACAGAAAUCUCAUACUCCAGAGGAUCCCUUUGAAUACAGUGAUUUGGAAGAAGAUUUUACUCAUAGCUUCAUGUUGACUCAACAUUUGUUAACUCACACAGAAAAGACACCUUUUAUCAGUAAACAGUGUCCAAAAUCUCUUAGUGACCAGUCAUACCUUAAUCACCAUAAGCAAAUUCACACUAGAGGUAAAUCGUGUGAGUGCCACCUGUGUGGAAAAGCCUUUAGUAAUUGCUCGAGCCUUAGGAGACACGAGAUGACUCACACUGGAGAGAAACCGUAUGAAUGCCAUAUCUGUGGGAAUGCCUUUAUUCAAAGCUCUGACCUUAGAAAACACAAUCUAACUCACACUGGAGAGAAACCAUAUGAAUGUCACCUGUGUGGAAAAGCCUUCAGCCAGUCCUCCAACCUCAGACAGCACGAGAGAACACACACUGGAGAGCAACCAUACGAAUGUCAUCUGUGUGGGAAAGCCUUCAGUAAAUGUUCUGCCCUUCGACGCCAUGAGAGAACUCACACUGGAGAAAAACCUUAUGAAUGUCAUCUAUGUGGGAAAUCCUUCAGUCAGUGUUCUGCUCUGAGACGACAUGAGGGAACGCACAAUGGAGAGAAAAUUAUGAAUGCCUUCAGUAAAUAUUCCGACCUUAGGUAACAUGAUAUUAUAAGCCUAAGGAAUGUGGAAGAGACUUCAACCAUAGCUUUAACACUUAAACACACCAAGGACUUGCACAUUGAAGAAAUUGUCUGUAAUCAAUGUAGAAGAUCCUUCAGUCAUUCUUACUCAUUUGACAUACACAAACUUACACAGAAGAAAUUCCUUUACGUGUGACAUUUAUGCAGCAAAAGCAUCCAUCAGUGGUCUGACCAUAGGUAACAUGAGAGAACUCACUCUGUCAAUAUAAGGAAUGGAGAGGUCUUCAGCACCAGCUCUCACCUUUAAACACACUAUUGGGCCUGCACGGGGGAGAACCCCUAGAUCUAUAAUCACUGUGAACAGUAUGCCACAAGCACCAGGUGUAGUGUACACAGAAAACCCCAGUGAAGUCUGAAUAAACACUAACACAGGAUGUAAGGAUGAAUAUUCUUGAGGAAUAACCAUUCAUACUGCGGUGAAAAAUCCUCAGAAACCCUUUGUUCAUAAAGAAGCACUUGGGGCUGUACAAAUCACUCAGUGUCAGUGAUCACUCAUUUCUCAGCCAAUACUGAAGUUCUUAUAUGAAGAGAUGGCAGUUGUGAAAUCAUUGUAGAGAAUUCACAUUAGAAAACCAAGUCUAGGGAAGAAUCUCUAAAAUUAGAGCCUCUAACUUUCAAUUUAGCCAACAAUUCAAGAUUUUGAGAAAAAUAACUAUUCAUGGGGAAAAUGUGGCAUAUAAAUGCAAAAAAAAAGUGAUUCAAGCAUAUUGAAUACAGAAUUUUAUAAGAAAUAAAACUUUUUCAAUACA